AUGGCGUUGUCCAAGGGGGAACAUUUGAAGGUGUACGAAGGGGACAUCAUUGACUCGCGUUUUAAAGUCAUUCGUGAGUUGGGCGCCGGUAACUUCUCGAAGGUGUACUGCUGCUAUGACAUCACGCUGCCGCGUGACGUGAAGCGCGCGUUUGUGGCGGUGAAGAUCAUUAAGCGAGAUUAUAGGGAGGAUGCCUACUUUGAAAGGGACAUGCUGGAGAUACUGCUUAGCAAAGGCCUGGGGGGUGCGGCGGUGUGUCGCAUGUUUGAGUUUUUUGAGUGGCGGCGGUGUCCGGUGUUUGUUAUGUCUAUCCACGGCCCCUCGCUGCGCACGCGUCGGCUCGGCUACAGCAACGGUGUUGUGACGCGGGCGAAGCUGGUGCAGCUUGCCUUCUCACUUCUGACGACCUUUCGACACAUCCACUUUGACUGCCGCAUGGUGCACACAGAUUUAAAGCCGGAAAAUAUUCUUUUGGCGGACCUGAACCCUCCCAAGUAUUCCCUAGGCACCCAGUGGGUGGUGUGCGACUUCGGCAGUGCCUCGCUCUGGCGCAUGGACCGCCUUGACGCGGAUCUCAUCUCAACCCGCCCGUACCGUGCGCCGGAGGUCAUGCUGGGCAACCCGUGGUUUUACGCCGCCGACAUGUGGAGCAUGGGGUGCAUUCUGUACGAGGUCGCCGUGGGGCAGCGGUUGUUCGACGUGCGCGACGAUGUCACGCACCUGAUGUUGAUGGAUAAACGCCUUGGACCCCUUCCAACGUUAUUUACAAAAAACUCAAAGUAUUCGUCGAAGUUUUUUGCGCCAAAUGGGGAUUUUCUACAAGACUCAGAGCCGAUACGGGCUGGAAAGCUGAGCAUGCGAAAGUUGUCAGAUGUCUUUUGCGACGACCCCGAGCUGUACGACCUCAUUGCUUCCAUGCUUGUAUAUGAUCCAAUGCAGCGUCUCACCGCAAAGGAGGCAUUGCAGCAUCCCAUUUUUGACAACAUUCACGUUAGUAGCAAGACAGACUUUAUUGGGAAUUAUUUGGAGAAUGAGGAGGAGCAUUUGAUCGGCUUUCCGCGGGCGGUGCCGCCUACGAACAUUGAGGCGGUGUACGCCACAGGCGUAAGGCAGGUGGACGGCUUGCCUGGAGUGGAUAAAAAGUUGCUGGCAAGACGUGGAAGUUCGGCCCCGGCGACGCACGUGCUUAAUAACGUUGGCCUCAAUCCACACCCGCCGGCACGUCCGCCGGUGAAAUUUGUUGCUGGGAUGCCGAGGUCGGGGGAAGCCUCACAGGCGCCUUCUGUUGGUAAGGCACGCUCCGAGGAUCAGCAUGUUUGGUUUUUGGACUCCGCACACCCCUUCCCUGAGAAGGAAGUGAAUCCUGUCCCGGCUCUGAGCCAUGUCCCCAAACACUCCGUCAUGCCCCAGGGGAGUGAGAGAUUAUGCAAGAUGCGCAGGUUUCCUAUGGCCUACGCGUUGGCUGUAGAUGUGCCAGAGAAGGAGGAGGAAGCAUUGCACGGCACAAUUAAGGCAUCUGAGACAUCGGCGCCGGCUUCUGCUGGCAACGGGGCGGAGAGAGUUUCUUUGGUUCAAACGCCCGCCGACUCCUCCUCGCCUUGGGUGUCUCGCGCGGAGAAGGCGUCUGCUCCUGUAGAGGCGCUCAGCGAAUGCCCUGACCCGGGUCUGAAGCAGCACAAGCCGCAUAGGCCGCCACUGGAGGCAGCCGAGGUCGUUGCGGAGGCAAAGUCACCGGAGGUGUCUUCGAUCGAGGAGCUCACGGGCGCCGGAUCCCCAAUAGAGCCGCUGACGGAUUCGAGGGACUUGCAUGGGCCGGCGCCGUCCACUGCGCAGGAGCAAGUGGCGAAGGUGGAGGCGGACUCGGCGCUGUGCCCAUUGCAACCCUCAUCGUCUGCGUCGAUCGCCGCCAAGUCCCCUGCCUGGUCGACAGAGGCGAAGGAAUCCGAGGCGGGGUCGCCGUCAGAGAUUUCUGCACUGCGUGCUAUUCCCCUGCCGCAGGGGAAGAGUGCACCCCGUGCCUCCUCCUUUCAUCCACCCCACAUCACUGCAUCUGAGCUUAAGGAGGCGACAGCGGUUGUCCAUCCAGCACCAGCACCAGCGCCAGCGCCAGCAAAGCCGCCAACGAGGACGACAACAACAGCAACGACGCCGCUCGCUACGGCAGAAGUAAAACGCUUCCCACAAACGGUACAAGCUGGUAACUCGGUAAAGGAGACGAGUCUCCGUUCCCGCGUUUCCCCGACGGGGCCACAGGGCGCGGCUAUACCGCGCGUCAAAAGUAGGAUGACGCUAAGAAGCGCCGCCACGAGGUUGAAUUCGCAACCGCACCCGCACCCGCCACCCUCGCCACCUCCAGUGCAAAUUAUGAGCCAGCCGAGUCAAUCGGUCGCAGGGGCGUCUCUCACGUGUUUUCCUCCCACGACUGUUGCUCGUCCGCCAUCUUCGCAGAUGGGCAACCUCAGAACGCGUCAGCGCAGUGAUUCAUUGAUGAACGUGCCAAGGACGGUCCAGGCGGGACGGGGUAGAAAGUACCGCUCCAACUCGCUGAGCUUUCCUUUUUAUCGAAACGUUCAUCCUCCAAGAAAUGUGGCUCCUGUCACAGGCGAGGGUGCUUCGGCGAACGCGUGUGCGACUCCCCCACACACGUCAUCUAUGUUUUCAGGUGUAUCAACAGCGGCAUCUGGCGUCGUCUUGCCGAAGUUUUCUGCCUUUUGUAACGGCAGGCCUGGCGCCGUGGGGACGCCACCAAUACGGCGCCCUUCCGCGGAGGUGCGGCCCGCCUACCGACAGGUGGUUCAAAGAAACGUUGUUGCCGCUGGCCGACCAGUUGUGGGGAGAAAAAGCCCGAUUCAACAGGAAUUCAAGAGUCCGUCUGUCGUCUCUCGGGCCAUGCAAGGGACUGUGGGGACACGUGGUGAUGGCGCCGGUAGCGGUGUGAUGGCGAGCGUGGAUAGAAAUGCACUGGGCAAGAGAGAGAUGGGGUUUGCCGUGGAAGAUGCACCUGCUGAGACGCGGGUCCCACACAAUGCCCGCCGCUUCCCAACUGUGCGGGCGCCAGAGUAG